GAGAGAGGUAGACAGAGAGAGAAAGAGAGAGAGGGGCUGCUUUUCAUGCUGCUCCUUGCGAGUAUCAGAAGAGAAGUGACCAGCAACAGCUUAACUGACCCAAAUGUAAGAGACUUUGCCCACCGCAGCUGUGUUUGUGCCAGAAGUCCUGCCAGUCUGCAACCAUGCCAGGCCUGAUCAACAAGGCCAAGCGUAGCGCCCUGCCGCUCAGCGUCUCCGACAUCACUUCCUGUGUCCGGGGUUACACACUGGCCAUGACGGCCUCCAUGACAUAUGAAAACAUAGAGGACCACCCCAUUGAAGGUAUCUUUAUUUACCCCCUGGAGGAGGGCGCUGUGGUGGUGGGCUUUGAGGCGAUGAUAUCCACUCAGAUAAUAACAGUGCAGAUCAAAGACAAGGCGAAAAUCGAUGACUGUUACUUCGACUGCUGCACAGCCACCAAUGGAGCCCUACAGAGUGGGAGCGGUCAGGUGCUGUUAGACGAGGAUUUGGAGCGGAGGGUGCUUGUGGUGAACCUGGGGGUCAUUCCCCCUCUGGAGACCGUUAACGUGCUGGUCAGCACGUCUUCUGAGCUGUCGACCCUUCCAAACGGAGGCAUCCGGGUCACCUCACCACCUGUCUGCACCCCGAGGGUCCAGCGUUCCAUUAAAGAGGAGCAGGCCUUCUCUCCAAGCACAAGCAGGAAGAGAGACAAACACCACUGUGCUCUGGGUUCUCAUGAGCAGAUGGCCUUGAGCGGCCAGCUGUGUCUGGCCUGGCUGUUGGAGGAGGAGUCCAUUAAUUCCAUCGACUAUGAGUUCAACUUUCAGCUGGAGAUCAGAGGGCCGUAUCUGUUGGCAGGAGUGGAGAGCCCCUCUCAUGCCAUCCGGGCCGAUGCUGACCCAUCUGCCCGCUCUGCUACCAGCAUACUGGUCACCCUGGCAGACAAAUACACGUACGACUGUCCUGUGGAGAUCCUCAUCUACCCCAGUGAGCCGCACCUGCCCCAUGUCCUGAUUGAGGAUGGGGACAUGACACUGGAGGAGUAUGACGAACAUCUGAAGGGGAGGAGUGACUACAUAAAGGCCACCAAGAAGGACUCCAGCAAUGAAAAGAAAGUGGAUAUCAUCCAUAAGAGGCUCCACAAGGACAUCCUCCACAACCCUGUGGUCAUGCUGAACUUCUGCCCGGACCUGCAGUCCAUGACAUCUGACCUGCGGAGAGUCCAGGGAGAGUUUAUCUUCCUCAUUGACCGCAGCGGGAGCAUGAGUGGGGUCAACAUUAGCCGGGUUAAGGAUGCCAUGGUGGUGAUUCUGAAAAGCCUCUUCCCCGCCUGCCUGUUCAAUAUUAUUGGCUUCGGCUCGACGUUCAAAACACUGUUUGCAACCAGCCAGAGCUAUGACGAGGAAAGCUUAGCUGCGGCUUGUGAAUAUAUGAGGAAGAUCCGGGCCGACAUGGGCGGCACCAACCUUCUGGCUCCACUGAACUGGAUCCUGAGGCAGCCUGUGCAGCGCGGUCAUCCUCGCCUGCUCUUUCUACUGACCGAUGGAGCGGUCAGUAACACAGGGAAGGUCAUCGAACUUGUCCGCAGUCACGCUCGAUUCUCCAGGUGCUACACGUUUGGAAUAGGGCAGGGAGCGUGCAGACGGCUCAUAGAGGGUCUCUCCUCCGCUUCCAGAGGCACCGCUGAGUUCCUGGCAGAGGGAGAAAGACUGCAGCCCAAGAUGAUUAAGUGCUUGAAGAAAUCCAUGGCACCUGUUUUGAGUGACAUCUCCAUUGAAUGGCUCUAUCCUGAGACGAAGGAGGUGUUACUGUCUCCAGUGGGGACGACUUAUCUGUUCCCUGGUGACCGGCUGAUUGGGUACAGCGUGGUGUGUGACACUACCCGCUACCACCCCAACCCCAAGUCUGACAAGCGGCGACGCUACAGCAUGAUGCGCUCCAAUGAGUCGGCCAGCUCCGUGUUCUACCACUCGCAGGAGGAGGAGCCUGGGAGAAGCGGCUCGGACGGACAGGGGCCUCCCAAAGACACACCGGGCACCACGUUUGACCCUUACCAGAGCAACAUGUCCGAAAGCAGCCCUGUCACUGCAGAGCAGGAAAUCAUCGGGGCCGAUAUGGGCACAAGGAGACGCGCAUACAGCACCAACCAGAUUGAAGACUAUAACCCGCUGAAGAAGGUGUACACCCCCAGUGACCCAAGCUCAGCAGUGGGCAAAAACCCUCUGAGGAGAGCCAAAGUCCAGGAGCUCGUUGGCCAGACCAGCCCUGACCACGGGGCCCAGUGGAAGAUGAACUAUCAGCCCCAGCUGGCCAGCCUGUGUGCCACCUCCUCCAGAGGGCAAGGCGUGGUGGGACACAGACCUGCACAGCUUGAAGAACCCCAUGGUGACCCUGAGCCGGAGCAGACUCAGCCUAGUCCCAGCGCACAGCCGGCCCAAACACGUGGCCCAAACAUGGAGGAUGGUUCCAGAUCUUCCACUGACAGCCCGUCACUGGGCAGCGUGGGAGAGGCAGAUGGUUACACUCACCAGCUUUGCGAAGCGGAAACGCCUCAAGAUCCGCACACCCCGGACUUCAAAGCCAUGGGGCAGGUUAAAGGGGACUGUAAGGCGGUUGUGUCCGGCCUGCUGUGUGGAAAAUCCGUGAAAUGGGAGGUGACCUUCGACAUCGAGCCCUACCUGAAAGGCCGAGAGCGAGAGGAAAAGGUCCACGAAGAUCUGUGGAAUGAAACCUUCCAUCACCUGGCUGCACGGUCCAUCAUUCAAGACUUUGAGCAGAUGGCUGAUAAGGAAUGUGAGAUUGAGCACGGUUCUGGUAGGCGGUAUCAGCUGUACGCCAUGCAAACCAGCAAGGCCUGCAACAUCCUGAGCAAAUACACAGCCUUUGUGCCCAUCGAUCUCGACAGCAAUGAGUAUUUACUAACUUCCAUUGAGUACCUCCACAGCGGGGAAGAACUGAAGAGAGGCUCACACUCAAGUUCGCGCUCUGGAAGCAGGAAGAGCCGUGGCUACUCUGUAGGCCUCGGACGCUCUCAGUCUGGCCACUUGCCUGAAGGAGAUGAAGAAACACCGCUGCUUCACGAAGAUGGCACUUCUCCCUGUAGCACUCCAUCAUCAGCUGGAUGGGAACGAUGCACCUUUCCAGAAGCCUCUCAAAGGAGUUCGUCGGUGACCUCCGACCACUCACAGAGAUCAGUGGAAAGCCUCUUCUCCGCCAGUCGGUUGAGCCUGACUAGAACACGUCUCCUGACCAAGGCAGCCAGAGGGUUCAUGUGCCGAGCUCAGAGCAAAACCAGCGACUCUGUUGGAGAGAGUGAAAAUGACAACAGAGACUACAUCCCUCUGGUGUCUUUGCAGCUGUCGUGUGGUGCAUUCAUGCUGGAUGGCGCUUUAUGCGAGGCCAUCAACGUGCCCAUGGACAAGCUGAAGUGGACGUCCCCUUUCACCAGCCACAGGGUCAGCCUCACCCACCUGUCCCACCACUCCAGCAGCAGCAAGAGAACCGACAGCCUGGAGGUCCACCACAGCUGCUCUCCCCCACCUAAAGACCCUGACCUCAGCUCCGAAUCGGAGGAGGCAGCACCUCAUAGCCCAAAUUCUCCCAACCUGGCCCGCAGCCCUCGAACCGAAAGCGGCUCUUCGCUUUUGGGCGGCCCCUCCUCCUCCUUAUCAACUGAUCCACCUCUUUCACCCAAUAACUCCCAGGCUGACAGUGGGCGUGGCUCAGAGUCGGAAAACGUGGACACUCCCCAGCCCAUCUCGCCCGGAGGCCUGCGGAUGGUGACCCAGGAACUGGAGAGCAUGGUGUGGGCCACGGCCGUGGCUUUAGCCUGGCUGGAGAACAACUCGGCCAGCUACUUCAUCGAAUGGGAGCUAAUUGCGGCCAAAGCCAGCCUGUGGCUGGACCGGCAGACGGUCCCCGAGGGCCGAGACCUGGCAGCAGUGAAGGCCGCCGCCAACCAACUCUUCAUCAUCCUCAGACAUUGGGAUGAGAACCUGCAGCUCAACAUGCUGUGCUACCACCCCAACAGUGUCUGA